UACAAAUCCCACGUGGCCCCGUAUUUAGUAUCCAGGAAGUAGAUUCCGUUGCUAUGCAAACUUUCCCGCUUGAUGACCGAUGAGGCAAGAGAUAAAUGCUACACUGAAUAUCCCGUUAUUUGGCUUCGAAAGAUAUUUUCAUCGAAGUUCGCAGAUGUCUCGUGAGUCCUCGCUGAAGAAGAGAGCGGGCUCAGCUGAGUUCAGUGGAUCUGCUUUAUUAAACCCCAAACCUGCUGCUGAAGAGCUGCUGCUCGACCAGAGUCUGUCUCCGGAGAAACUGAAAAUCAUCUCUGGAACAGAGGAUCUACACGAGGUGACGUCACUGGAGAUGUGUGUGGACACCCGAGAGGAGACUCUGGACAACUUCGGAAUCUACUUGCCCAAACUCACACAGCUGAAGAUGAACAACAGUCUGCUCUCAUCUGUGCGGGAUCUGGGAACCAGUCUCUCUCUCCUGCAGGUCUUAUGUGUGGCUCGAUGUGGUCUGACCGACCUGGAGGGCAUCUCUGCUCUUUCCUCCUUAAAGGAGCUGUAUGCGGCGUUCAACAGCAUCUCAGACCUGAGUCCAGUCAGUUUGCUGGAGGAUCUGGAGCUGCUGGAUCUGGAGGAGAACGAGGUUGAAGAUCCGGCUCAGUUGUGGUAUUUGGGCCGCUGUGUGAAGCUCAGGACUCUUUCACUGGAAGGAAACCCUGUGUGCACCCGCCCCGCUCCAGGAGCCUCUGAGGACUCGGGCUCCAGCUUCAGGGCUGCGGUGCGAGAGCUGAUCCCGCAGCUGAUCUUCCUCGAUGAUGUUCCUGUUGAAGAGGACACAGCUCCACGCUGCAGAGCUUCACUGCAGGACUGGACUCUUCUCAGAGAAUCCAUCAGAGACGCUUCGCUCACAGAUGCAGACAGACAGCAGCGUCUGGAGACGGACUCAGCAGCACUCGAGGUGUUUCAGAAGCAGAGACCUGCUUCAGCCCGGCCUGGAGAUCUGAGGGUCUCCUCCACGAGUCUCUCCAGACCUCUCACUUCCUGCAGCGGAUCAAGACCAGCAUCGACCCGCUCCGACAUCGCCGUCCUGAACCACGAGGCCAGUGAUCUGACGAACGGUGUCGGUCGAGUUCUCUGUGGGAAUCCACUACAAGCUGCUCGAGCUCGGAGACAGAAAAUAAAGCUCCAAAACUCUGUGUCUCAAACUCGUCCCAGCACACGGAGCAGCUUCACUCCUGAACACACGCUUGAGCUUGAAGAGAGCAGAAGCCGCGAUCACAGAGAUGUUUUUACUCAACUCAGAAGCUGGAGGAUUGAGCACAACAAACGUCUGCUGGUUAUUGAGGAGCAGCAGCCGCAGGUGAUGAAGAUCCACCACAGCGAUGAUGAUGAAGAUGAUGAUGAAGGCAGUCACAGCCAUAGUUUCAGCAGCGAUGACAUCACUAGAGACACGAGCUCUCCUGAUUGGUCCGUUCAGUGUCCCUCAGCAGAGACGCUGAGACUCAGCUCUUCAUCAGGCUGUUCGAUGUCUCCCUCUCCUCCACCCAGAGCAGCAGCAGCGCCCCCUGCUGGCCGGAGGAUCACACAGAUCCGCUCGCGGAGACUCAGAGCUCAUAAUGCAGAGCUCAGUAAAGCCAGAGCAUCAGAGGAGACUCAUGGGACUGAGAGCAUCAUGACUGUAAGAUCUCAGACUGCGUGUCCUCAAAUCAUCCACAAACCUCACAGACCCUCCAGCAGUCCUCUUAGAGCA